AUGGUUAUUUACGCGCUUCUGUGGCAGAGUAUCUACAGAUUGAUCCAAACAGAACAGCGGUUCGACUCGUGGACCCAGUCAGGGAGCUUGGAGAAACAGAGCAGCCUUUCGCCAGUCACCUCCAAACUCCCAAGGAACAUUGAUCCGUGGGAGAAGGAGGGCGGGGUUUGUUUGCAAUGUCCGUCCGUCACGUCCGUUCGCGACUUCCCAAGAAAGACAAGAAAAAUCAUGAGAACUGAGCGAUGGCGAGGUCUGCAACCUCUUCAUAUAUCGACACAGUCCAAAGCCAUCGAACCCCCCCCCGGGAAACCGAAUGAGCGCAAACCCCACACCGACACCGACGCAAUCCGCGGGCGUGUAACGUCCCCGUCACACCACACUCAGCUAAUUGAAGAAUACAUGUACUUUGUACAGUCAAUUAAUCACAUAUCCGUUACUCUCUGGGACGACGAAAAAAAAUUACAGAUACAUCAGAUUUGCUUUCGCCUCACCUGUUUCAGGGCAAAGACCACCCAGGCCCCCUCCGCCUCCCCGGUCUCGGGUAUCCUGAUCGCUGAUGGAAUGGUCUACUUGUGUAUGCCGUAUAUCGCGCCGCUUUGCAUUGCGGCCGAAGAUUUUACGACAGGGACCACGAAAAGAGACAUCUGCAUUAGUAGAGAGAUUCAACCCCUUCGCCUUACUACCCAACUUACCAAAACUUUUGCCGCGCCGCCUUACUACACCUCAGUGAGACUCAUGUCUCCUGUCACCGUGACCGCAAGUUGUGAAUGCCGUCCGUCCGUCCGUCCAAGUAAGGAAAUUCCCUCCCCGUACCUGGGCUACUUGGGGUCAUAA